GUAGAAUCUCCAGAGUCGUCUUCUACUCCCACCAUGGAGGGAAACAUCACGGCGGAAGACAAAUCUACGAAUGGAGUUGAGAUCCUUCCAACUGAGAAACCUCCGGAGGAAGAAGUUAUUUCAGAGAUGAUAGAGAAAAUCAUGUCAUCACCUAUUGAACAUCCACGUACAUACAUACACGAACUAGAUUAUAGGAAUAAACUCGUUCUUGCUCCUAUGGUCCGUACUGGUUCUCUUCCUACUAGAUUAUUAUCACUUUAUUAUGGCGCGGGAUUAGUUUGGUCACCUGAAGUUGUGGAUAGAGCUAUCAUUGGGUCUGAGAGGAUUGUGGAUCCUGUGACAGGCGUUAUAACAUAUACCAAAGGUCAAGGACCCAUAUUCUCUACUCACCCUAUGGAAAAACCAUAUCUAAUAUUCCAGAUCGGUUCCUCCAACCCAGCUCUCGCUGUGAAAGCGGCUCAAACCGUCCAACAAGACGUCUCUGGAAUAGAUCUCAACUGCGGUUGUCCCAAACCUUUCUCUACACAUUCAGGUAUGGGUGCCGCUUUACUGUCCACCCCCGACCUACUUCUUGAUAUCCUCCGUUCACUUCUACAAAACAUCCCUCUUCCCAUCUCAUGCAAAAUUCGAUUACUACCCACUCAACCGUCCACUCUCGUCCUCGCUGCCCAGAUCCUUCGAACGGGUAUACGCAACCUGACCGUACAUUGUCGAACACGCAACAUGCGAUCCGGUGAAAGAGCGAUGUGGGAACGUUUGGCGGAUGUCGUCAAUCUCGGUCGAAGACGGGAUGUGUCGAUAAUAUGUAACGGGGAUGGCGAGGGAUGGAGCAAUUGGGAAAGAAUACGUCAAGAAACAGGAGCGGAUAGUGUGAUGUUGGCUCGAGCGGCCGAGAAGAAUCCUUCUAUUUUCAGAGUCGAAGGACCCGUGGGUAAUCUGGAAGAAGUCGUGCCCCGUUUGUUGAACAUCGCUCAGUAUACUGCGAAUCCAUGGGGGAAUACAAAAUUUCUGUUGAGCCAGUUCAAACCAUCCUCACCACCUGUGUCAAAUAUGACAAAAGCGGAGAAAAAGUUGGCGUCCGAGGCCAUCAGCCAGAGCAAAUCGGUUGAGCAGGCAGCAGAGAAGCUUGGCAUACCACUUGGGAGAGGUAAAGAGGUAGUAGCCGAGAUCAGGGCCAUGAUAGAAGAAAGGGAUGAUUAUAACAUCUGGUUGAAGAGAACCGAGGCUGAGAGGAUGGGGGUUGUGGUGGACGAGCCGACGGUGGUUGAGCCGGAAGUCAAGGUGAAUGGAUGUGAAGUCGGAGUGGGACAAGCCGACGUUGAGAAGCAUGGAAGUGAGGAGAAGAUAGUGAGGUGUUCAUCUCAUUCCAUGAUCACAACGGGUGAUUCAGGCCAUGCUCUAGCGGAAGAGUUAGACGAGGAGGCAGCGAUGAAUGGAGGAUGA